UGACCAUGGAAGAGACAAGCUAAAAGUCCUCCUUUGAGAAGUAUCUUGUUUGAUGAAAGUCUUUACUUCAACUGGCACAGUAUACUUGACACCAAAAAGAAAACUAACACAAUAGUCUAGUUCUACUCUGCAAAGAAACUGUUGAUGGAAGCAGAGGAGAUGGACAUCAAUCCAGAAGAAGAGAGUUUACUUGGUCAUUCUCCACCAAGAAGGACAAAGGGAGGUCUCAAAACCAUGCCUUUUAUCAUAGUGAAUGAAGCAUUUGAGAGGUUGGCAAGCCAGGGGCUAAUGCCAAACAUGAUACUCUACUUGACAAGAAUCUAUCAUUUUCAAACUGUCACUGCUUCAAGUAUACUCUUUAUCUGGUCUGCUCUGUCCAAUGGUUUGGCCCUCUUUGGUGCUUUUCUGUCAGAUUCUUAUUUGGGUCGGUUCCGGGUCAUUUUUCUUGGAUCCUUCUCCAGCCUUCUUGGAAUGAUUCUUCUGUGGCUGACUGCUGUGGUUCCACAAUUGCAGCCUUUAUCUUGUGACCAGUUGAAGCACAAGUGCAGUGCUCCAAAUGGAGCUCAAAUCAUUCCCUUGUUGUCUUCAUUUUUGCUAAUGUCUGUUGGAGCUGGUUGUAUUAGGCCUUGUUCUAUUGCUUUUGGUGCGGACCAAUUUGACAACAAACAAAAUCCCAAUAAUGAGAGGGUUCUAGAUACUUAUUUCAACUGGUAUUAUGCUUCUACAGGAAUCUCAACUGUUCUUGCCAUGACUGUUAUUGUUUACAUCCAGGAUCAUUUGGGUUGGUCAGUUGGAUUUGGAAUCCCUGCCAUUCUCAUGGUUUUCUCUGCUCUGAUGUUCUUAAUUGGCUCCUCUCUUUACGUCAAAGCAAAACCUAGUGAGAGCUUGUUUACUGGAUUUUUUCAAGUCCUUGUGGCAGCCUUUAGAAAGAGAGGGAUUCAAUACCCUUUGGACGAAGAAUACAAGUGUUACCAUAGAACCCGGCAGUCGAAGCUUCUAUCACCCACUGAGGAGUUCAGGUGUUUAAAUAAGGCUUGUGUUGUUCAAGACCCCGACACAGAGUUAACUUCAGAUGGAUUAGCUUCAAAUCCAUGGAGACUCUGCAGUGUGGAACAACUUGAAUCCCUUAAGGCUCUUCUCAAAGUCAUACCCAUGUGGUCCACAGGCCUUGUACUUAUAGUGACCAUGGACCAAGGUUUUCUAACACUUCAAGCAAAUUCCAUGGAUAGGCACUUAUUCUCAAAUUUUGAAAUUCCUGCAGGAUCCUUUAGUCUGUUCAUGAUAAUUACUUUAACAAUUUGGGUCGCAUUUUAUGAUCGUGUACUAGCACCGCUAUUGGCGAGAUAUACUGGUAAUCCGCAAGGACUAAGUCCCAUAGUACGGAUGGGCAUGGGGCUGAUUAUGUCAUUUAUCGCAAUGGUAUUGGCAGGCGUAGUCGAGAGCAUAAGGCUGAAAAAAGCAGUUGAGGAGGGGGUUGAGGAUGAUCCUGAUGCUGUCCUGGACAUGUCUGCUAUGUGGUUAGUGCCACAGACGGUAUGCAUUGGAUUGGCUGAAGCUUUAAACGCAAUUGGACAGAUACAGUUCUUUUACAUGCUGUUCCCCAAGAGCAUGUCCAGUGUUGGAGUGGCUAUGUACACAUUUGGGAUGGCUCUGGCUAGCCUGAUUGGAAGUCUUCUGGUGAAUAUUAUCAAUAGCAUUACUAGUCAUGGUGGUAAAGCAAGCUGGUUGGCCAACAACCUGAAUGAAGGUCAUCUUGACUACUAUUAUUGGCUGCUUGGCUUCUUAAACUUAAUCAACUUUUUCUAUUUUCUCUUUUGCUGCCGCUUCUAUAAAUCUCAUCACAACAGCAACAUGCUGUCUAAAAAAGUACCAGAAAAAGAAUCUGGUUAUACUCCUUUGCCUUCAGCUUGAUGAAUAUAUAAUACUAAUGUGGGUUUGUUUGGAUUGAGCAUUA